AUGCCAACAUCGCCUCACAACCAUCAACGGCGCCACAGAUCUAAAACCAUAAAUUCGGCUACGCCAGCACUGCCUCACAACCAUCAGCAACACCUCGUCACCUCAAAUGUCGCCCACGAUAGCCGCACGCCAUUCACUAGAUCUGUGGCGCGACCACCCAUUCACCACCACAUAUGCUGCGCCCAGCGGCAGCGAGAGAGUCGAGCUGAACUUAUACGACAAGCAGCACUCAUUAUAUGGGAUGAAGCUCCAAUGGUAAAGAGAGCAACCAUUGAGGCAGUCAAUAGGACUUUUCAAGACAUCAUGAACAACUUUGAACCAUUUGGGAGUAAAGUAAUGGUAUUUGGGGGAUAUUUUCGCCGGGUUCUUCCAGUUGUCCCUCGAGCAACAAGACAACAAAUAGUUAAUGAAAGUUCAGUACGAUCAUAUCUUUGGGAAAAAAUGCAUAAAUUGCAUUUGCCACGGAAUAUGAGAGUGCAAAAUGAUCAUCAAUUCGCGGAAUACUCGAUCAAAAUCGGCAAUGGAACAGAACGAACUGUAGGAGAAGACUUCAUCUCACUUCCAAAAGACAUAGUACUUUCCUCCAACAACAACAACUCUCCAGAGCUCAAUUUAAUCAACUUUGUCUUCUCAGACCUACCAAAAAUGCUGAAUCAUCAGAAUAUAUGA